AUGCUCGCCCUGCUGGCGCCAGAAGCUCUCCAGAUCACAUCCGACGAUCUGGCGGCCCGCUGGGCCGACCUCCAGCGCCUGCUGCCCGCGCCGCGCGUCGCGCUCGCGCGCGCCGCCGCGUCGGACCCGUCGCUGCUCCUCUCGCCCCGCGCCGCCGUGCCCGCGCGCCUGCGCGCCGCCGCCGCGGCGCUGGGGCUGCCGCGGCGGCGGCUGCUCGGGCCGCGCGGCGGGGAGCUGAGGCUGCUGGGGCGGCGGGGCGCCGCGAUCAGGGAGUGCGCAGAGGCCCUGGAGCAGGUCUGCCAGUCGCCACUCUCGCGCAUCGCGCCGCUGCUGGUGCAGUCGCCUGCGCCCCUCGCGCUCUCCGCGCGACGCGUCUUCGCCGCGGCCGCUGCGCUGCAGCGCGACCUGCGCCUGUCGGAGGCUGGGCUCGCCGUCGCGCUGCGGCGCGCGCCGGCGGCGCUCGCGGCGCCGCCGGGGCGCGUGGGCGCGCUGGCGGGCGUGCUGUCUGGCAGGAUGCAGGUGGCGGAGGAUGUGGCGCUCGACCUAUUGCUCCAGGAGCCGGCCCUGCUGACGUGCGGCCCGGGCGCUGUGGGCGCCUUGCUGGACGCCAUCACGUCUUGCUUUGAGCUCGAUCCUGGCCAGCUCCUGCAGGUCGUCGAAUUCGACCCGUCAGCGCUACUGGUGUCCCCAGGCGUCCUGGGUGGCCGCAUGCGGCACUUCAGGGCCCUGGCGGACAGCUGCGCGCCCUGGCGGCGCGAAUUUGCGCGUCUCAUGGCGGAGCCGGCCAACGUUGCGCGUGCCCUCAACCUGGACGAGCCCCGGCUGCAGCGCCUCUCGUACCUCGCAGCCACGGGCCGCCAGGAGCUCAUAAGCAUGCGUUCGGCGCUCACGCUGGGCCGCGCCCAGUUCAAGCGCGCGUACCCUCGGUUCGACGAGUGGAGGGUGCGCGUCAAGGGCGGCGGCGGAGGCGGAGGGGUUGACGCUGGCGCAGGGACAGGGAGCGACGACGACCGGCGUGCGCCGCGGCUGCCGCAGCGUAGCUAA